CGUUCUUUGUUGUUCGUUACCGUCCGUAUUGACGUUCGUUGUCGUUCGUAUUAUCGUUCUUUGUAGUUCGUUAACGUCCGUAUUGAUAUUCGUUGUCGUUUAUAUUAUCGUUCUUUGUCGUUUGUUACCGUUGUCGUUUGUUUAUUAUUUCUUUCUGUCGUCCUUUAAAAGCCAUUCUUUGUCUUCAGGUAUCGAUCGAUUAGUUAGUCGUUCAUAGCCAUUUCUAGCCUGAUUUACAACUGUUUUGUAGCUAUCCGAUAAUCGUUCUUGAGUCGUUUGAUAGCGAUCCUGUAUCGUUUGAUAACUACUUGACAAUCGCUCCUGGGGGUCGAUUCUGUAAUUCAAGUGAGUUCACUCACUUUUCGCACUUUCAUCUCAUAUGAGUUUGUUCGCGCGAUUCUGUAACGUCAAAGUGAAAAGACGAAAUCACUAGUGUGUCACCAUGGGGGAAAACGUUUUGUAAGCUCUGAAAUGUGAAAUCAUAACCAUUAAAAAAUUUAUUUAUGAUUCUCGUGAACGCACGUGAACGUGAAAACUCUUUCAUCAGUAAUUUUUUUAUAAUCAAAGAAAAUGAAUGUGACGGAGAAACAGAAACAAAUACUUAUAAAUUUUAUGCGUUCUCAUCCCGACUUUAGAAGAGGAUGAUUACGAUAUAAUCGCGAAAAUAAAAGGAAACUAGAUGAAUUAUGGGACGAGGUGACAACAGCUCUCAACAGUGCAGGCUGUGGCCCUAAAAAGUUGCCAAAAGACUGGGCAAAGACAUGGCGUGAUUGGAAGGCCAAUUUGUUGAAAAGGGUAGCCAUGUAUAAAUGUUACGCAACAGGUACUGGAGGAGGACCAGCAAAAACUUUAGAUACAAGUCCUUCUGAAGAUGACUUGUUAGAGUUCCUCACCCCUGAAGCCAGUGGAAUGGAUGAUAUUCCUGAAGCAGGAGUUAUUAGCAAUUCGUUCUGUCCUGACAAUAAUUCAUUAUCAGAUUCUUUGACUUCGCAAAUGAAUGAAAAUUUUGUCUCCCAGAGUCCGAACUUCACUUCUAAUCUAACGAUUAGAAAGCCUUUGAUGCCGCAAGAUCAACAGAACAGGCAAAUCAAUAAGGAAUUACUUAGUCAACGCAAAACUUUGCAGAAUUUGCAGACGUUUAAGAGUACCAAAUAUUCAAAGAAACUACAAGAUGCGACUUCUUUUCGGCAGAUUAAUGUUGAGGAAGAUCCCUGCCACAGCGAUAUAAUAAAUGUCGAUGCAGAUUUUAUAUCUUCUAAUGAACUCAAAGGAAAUGUAAGAGAUUCUUUGACUUCGCAAAUGAAAGAAAAUUUUAUCUCUCAGAGUCCAAACUUUACUUCUAAUUCAACGAUUAGAAAGCCUUUGAUGCCGCAAAAUCAACAGAGCGGGCAAACUACUAAGGAGUUACUCAGUAAACACAAAACUUUGCAGAAUUUGCAGACAUUCAAGAGUACCAAAUAUUCUCAGAGACUACAGGAUACGACUUCUUUCCGGCAGAUUAAUGUUGAGGAAAAUUCCUGCCACAGCGAUAUAAUAAAUGUCGAUGCAGAUUUUAUAUCUUCUAAUGAACUCAAAGAAAAUGUAAAAGACACACAAAAAAACAGGAAAUGUUCUAACGACGAAAAUACUAGUAACAAGAAAAUAAAGCAAGAUGUAAAACACUUGUUAAAGCAAUAUACCUGUGAUAACUUUAAUAAUAACGAGCAAAUGUUGCAAAUAAAACAAGAAAAAUUAGCCAUAGCCAAAGAAGACUUAGAAUUUAAAAAAAAGCACACCAAGAGAAUACCAAAUUACUUACAUUAUUAACUGAAAAGGUGGACGAAUUAUUAAAUGUUACUAAAGCUAUUAUUCCACAAUACUUGGAAUAAGUGCACUUGUUUACGAUUAUUCACUUUUUAAAUUGUUUUGAACUGCAAUACUUAUAUAAUGGGAUUUCUUAAAUUUUAAUCUAUUUUUAUUUUACUGUUUAUGUAAGAUACAUUGAUAAUAGUCGUUUGUUAUACUUACGUUUGUAUGAAAUAUGAUUGUAAAAUGGAGUGGAAUAUAUUGCGAAGACACUAAGUAGAAAGUAAGUCGAAAAGAAUUUGUUGCUUUAUUUUAAUAAUGCAAAAGCCAAAGUGUUAUAGAAAACGUUCUUGUAAACUUAGUUAUCCAUAGGUCCAUAUGUUUUGCAAUUAAACUGUAAAACACAUUUUUAGAAUAUUAUGUAAGAAAUGAAAGUCAUAAUAUAUUAGUUUAAUAUUUCUUUUAUGUAUUGUUUAAUGUACAUAGAUAAUCUUCUCUCUGUCAAAUAAAAUGUACAUGUAUAAAA